GUCUGAAGGAAAGUAGCCGACACUCCAGCAGACAUGAAACCCAGCGAGUUUCAGCACCGGUACUGAUUUUAGUCUGCAGGGAAACACAAACGAAGACGAAAUGACUCUGACAGUUGGUUGAAAGUGAAAAGCUGCAGCUCAUCCAGAGGAAACAGCAGCUGCUCUCUGUUCCAGCAGAACCUGGACUGGGAGGACUGGGAGGAGGAGUACAGGUGGGGGAAACCACAGCCUGCUAAGGUCAAGACUUGGUUCCUCUCAUUCUCUGGUUCUGGUGAGCAGCCAUGUUUGGAAGAAGUGGAACCUUCAGGGGACGCUGCAGGAUUGAACUCCAGCAGUAUCGCUCCUUGUCCUCCCCUCCUCCUCUGCCUGAACUCCACAAAGUUCAUUACACGUCAGGCAGCGGGGGCAGGAGGUACCGGGCGGAACGGGGGACAGCAGAGACAGCUCAGAUAAACCGGGUUUUAAAGGCCAACGAAUACAACCACACUUUCCCCCGAGGCCCUGCCUCUCAUGGAGUACUGGGUUUCCAUAGCAACACCCUUCCAUCCAACCACCCAGGUGAGGACCGUCGUAGCAGCGCCACCUGCCUGCCGGGCCCCGGCGGGGUUCUGUUUGGUGUGUUUGACGGCCACGCAGGGCCGGCGUGUGCUCACGCCGUCAGCCAGAGGAUCUUCUACUACAUCACUGUGGCCAUGCUGCCGGUGACGGCUCUGAGGGAACUGGAAGAUGCGGUGGAGGAGGACCGGGCUGUCCCGCCGCUGCUGGAGUGGCACAAACACCCCCAGGACCACAGCUACGGGGACGGAGCCAUUUCCUUCCACAGCCUCCGGAAUUACUGGCAGGAAAGGCUGGAUGACGACAAGGAGGACGAGGAAGACGAGGACGACGGCAGAGUGACGUCAGCGCUGGUUAACGCCUUCCGUCGCCUUGACUACGACCUGUCCAUCGAGGCCCAGGUCCACCUGUCCCUGUCCUCCCCCAGAAGGGUGUCUCUCCCUGGCGAGGGCAUGUCUCCGUCCUCCCCCCUCCGGGUGGCGCUCUCUGGUUCCACGGCCUGUGUUGUUCACAUCUCCAACGGCGUCCUCCACGUGGCCAACCUGGGAGACAGCCGAGCCGUCCUGGGCGUCCAGGAACCGGACGGUGGCUGGUCGGCGGUCAGCCUCACCAACGACCACAAUGCCCAGAACCCCACUGAGCUCCAGAGGGUUCUGGGAGAACAUCCCCCCUCCGAACAGAAGUCAGUGGUUCGGCACGACCGCCUGCUGGGUCUGCUGCUGCCCUUCAGGGCGUUUGGGGACGUUCGCUUCAAAUGGAGUGGCGAGAUGCUGAGUCGGGUCUACGAGAGUCGACCAGACGUCCUCUCUGCGGUCAGCGAGGCGGUCCGGACGCUGCCGCAGCAGUACCUGACCCCGCCCUAUCUGAGCGCCGAGCCAGAGAUCACCAAACACCUCAUCACACCGGCCGACAAGUUUGUGGUCCUGGCAACGGACGGACUCUGGGAGCUGAUGCACCGACAGACGGUGGUUCAGCUGGUCGGGGAACAGCUCACAGGCCUGCAGCAGCAGGGGCCCCUCGUCCCCGGCGCCGACAUGACUCUGGGGAGACUGCAGCGCCUCCUGCUGGACAGGAAGGGCCACAUCCUCUCAGUGCUGGAGGACCACAACAUCGCCACCCACCUCCUGCGCCACGCCCUGGGGGACGACGGCUACGGGGCCGUGGCCCCCAACCGACUGGCCAAGAUGCUGAGUCUCCCCACAGAGCUGGCCCGACGGUACCGCGACGACGUCACCAUCACCGUCAUCCAGCUGAACGAGCUCUGAACCUGCACGAGCUCUGACCCUGCACGCGCUCUCUUCCCGAAGCACACACCAAGCGCGUGACGUCUCGUUUCAGAAGAACGACUUUGAAGGCCAGUUUUGGGAGCUCUGGUUGUCAGCUUGGAGGCGCUGGCUGAAGGGCAUAAUCCUGGUUAAUGCCUAGGGUCGCCACCUUUCAGAAAUAGAAAUAACGGACGCCCCCAUUUCAGCAGCGCAGGAGCCAAAAAAAGGGACAUCCCCAAAACUUCCUGGGCCCCAAACUCUUCAUAUUGUAUAUAAAUUAUAUUUGUAAUGUUUCAAAGCGUAUAAAUUGUGUACUGUUUGCAGACGAUACCACAUUGCUGUGCUCUGGAAAUGAUAUGGAGGAGCUUCUGAAUCCAGUUCAACAGGAACUGAAAACCCUAAAGCCAUGGUUUGAUACCAAUAAAUUAUCAUUACAUUUAAAUAAAACAAAAUUUAUAUUAUUUGGAUAUCGGAAAACUAAUAAUCACAUGAAAAUUAUGAUAA